AGAACCGGUACUCAGUUCACUCAGGUUCUUCCUGUCUCCAUGUGUCCUAAAGUUGUGCUCCUCUGAACACUGCCCCCAGCCCUGACCCCAGGCCGGAGGCACAAGACUCAGGGUCAGGGUCUGGAAUGGACGUCUGGUCUCUGAAUCCUCAGUCUACACACCCAUCCCCAACCCAGAGAUGCCCUGAAGGCCGCUGGCAAAGGGAAGGGUCUUCUCAGAGGGAGUGUCCCUGAGUGGCUGUGAAAAGGGUCUCACAGGCCCCUGGCCCCAACAUGGCCCGCCGCUCCCAGAGCUCCUCGCAGGGGGACAACCCACUGGCACCCGGGUACCUGCCACCUCACUACAAGGAGUACUACCGCCUGGCGGUUGAUGCACUAGCUGAGGGCGGUCCUGAGGCCUACAACCGCUUCCUGGCAUCCGAGGGGGCACCUGCCUUCCUGUGCCCUGAGGAGCUGGAGCACGUGAGCCGCCACCUGCGGCCCCCACAGCAUGUUGCCAUCGAGCCCCCCGAAGGCAGCCCUCCCAAUGUGGACAUGGAUGGCUCCUCGGGCACCUACUGGCCCGUGAACUCAGACCAGGCAGUGCCUGAGCUCGACCUGGGCUGGCCCUUGACUUUCGGCUUCCAGGGCACUGAGGUCACCACGCUGGUGCAGCCACCGCCACCUGACAGCCCCAGCAUCAAGGAUGAGGCUCGGAGGAUGGUCCGCUCUGCCCAGCAGGUGGUGGCCGUGGUGAUGGACAUGUUCACCGAUGUGGACCUGCUCAGUGAGGUGCUGGAGGCUGCCGCGCGCCGCGUCCCGGUCUACAUCCUCCUGGAUGAGAUGAACGCGCAGCACUUCCUAGACAUGGCCGAGAAGUGCCGCGUCAACCUGCACCACGUGGAUUUCCUGCGCGUGCGCACUGUGGCAGGCCCCACCUACUACUGCCGCACCGGGAAGUCUUUCCAGGGCCACGUGAAGGAGAAGUUCCUCCUAGUGGACUGUGCCGUGGUGAUGAGUGGGAGCUACAGCUUCAUGUGGUCCUUCGAGAAGAUCCACCGCAGCCUGGCGCACGUGUUCCAGGGCGAGCUGGUCUCCAGCUUCGAUGAGGAGUUCCGCAUCCUCUUCGCACAGUCGGAGCCGCUGGUGCCCUCGGCCGGGGCGCUGGCCCGAAUGGACGCCUACGCCCUGGCUCCAUACGCUGGGGGCGGGCCCCUCAUGGGCGGCCAGGUGGCUGGGAUGCCGACCCCUUUCUCCUUCCCCAAACGAGCGCACCUCCUGUUUCCACCGCCUCGGGAAGAGGGCCUGGGCUUCCCCUCCUUCCUCGACCCCGACCGCCACUUCCUGUCGGCCUUCCGCCGGGAGGAGCUGCCGCGGAUGCCCGGGGGCGCCCUGGAGCCUCACGCGGGGCUGCGGCCCCUGUCGCGGCGGCUGGACGCCGAGGCCGGGCCAGGCGGGGAGCUCGCGGGCCCGCGGGGCUUCUUCCAGGCGCGGCACCUGGAGAUGGACGCCUUCAAGCGGCACAGCUACGCGGCCGCCGACGGCAUGGGCGCGGUGGAGAACUUCGCGGCCGCGCGGCAGGUGUCACGACAGACGUUCCUCAGCCACGGUGACGACUUCCGCUUCCAGACCAGCCACUUCCAUCGCGACCAGCUCUACCAGCAGCAUUACCAGUGGGAUCCGCAGCUCGCGCCCGCGCGCCCGCAGGGCCUGUUCGAGAAGCUGCGCGCCGGCCGCCCCGGCUUCGCGGACCCCGACGACUUCGCGCUGGGCGCCGGGCCGCGCUUCCCCGAGCUCGGCGCGGACGGACACCAGCGGCUGGACUACGUGCCGUCCAGCGCUUCGCGCGAGGUGCGCCACGGCUCGGACUCCGCCUUCGGGCCCGGCCCCCGCGGCCUGGACCCCGGCGGGGCCCCACGCCCUAACCUGGGCCAGCGCUUCCCGUGCCAGGCGGCGGCGAGGCUGGGCCCAGAGACCGCGCCCGAGGCGGAGCCGGAGCGCAGGGGCGGGCCCGAGGGGCGGGCUGGGCUGCGGCACUGGCGCCUCGCCUCCUACCUGAGCGGCUCCCACGGCGAGGACGCGGGCGACGAGGGCCUGCCGGCGCCCAUGGAUGCCGAGGCCUACGAAGACGACGUGCUGGGGGCCGGGGGCCGGGGGGCCGGCGGGGACUUGCUCCCUUCGGCCUUCCGCUUGCCCGCGUCCUUCCCGGCCAAGGGCCCGGUGCCCGGCUCCGGCAGCGGUGGCGGCGACGGCCCAGAGCGCGAGGCUCAGGAGGAGGCAGGCCUGUCCAAGCAGGACGCUUUCCGCUCGCGCCUGACCCCGCUGAUCCAGCGCAGCUCGCGGCUGCGCUCCUCUCUCAUCUUCAGCGCGACGCAGGCCGAGGGCACGGGCGGGGCCGCGGCAGCCACCACCGAGAAGAUGCAGGUGCUGCACAAGGAGCAGGCUGUCAGCGAGAUGGUGGGCCCCGGCGGCGAGGCCGUGCGCUCCUCCGCCUCCGCCAAGGUGGCCGAGCUCCUGGAGAAAUACAAGAGCCCGUCACGUGAUCCUGGCGGCGCUGGAGCCGCAGUCACCGUCGCCAGCCAUAGUAAGGCUGUUGUGUCCCAGGCGUGGCGAGAAGAGGUGGCAGCACCAGGCGGCGCGGGAGGCGAGCGCCGCAGCCUGGAGAGCUGCCUGCUUGAUCUGCGCGACUCCUUCGCACAGCGGCUGCACCAGGAGGCUGAGCGGCAGCCGGGAGCUGCCACGCUCACAGCCACCCAGCUGCUCGACACGCUGGGCCGGAGUGGCGCCGACCGGCUGCCCUCCCGCAUCCUCUCUGCCCAGGGCCGCUCCACUUCUCCGCAAGGGCGCGAAAGCCCCCCGCCGGAGGGGCCCCGGGUGCACCAGGUGCCCCACUCUGAGCCAAAAGGGAGCCCCACUUCAGCCUACCCCGAGCGGAAGGGGAGUCCCACGCCUGGGUUUCCUGCUCGCAGAGGCAGCCCAACCGCAGGAUUGACUGAGCAGAAGGGGAGCCCCACCUCGGCCUACCCCGAGCGCAGGGGCAGCCCGGUGCCUCCUGUACCGGAGCGCAGGAGCAGCCCGGUGCCGCCAGAGCGCAGGGGCAGCCUUACCCUUACGUUCUCCGGGGAGUCUCCGAAGGCCGGGGCCGCGGAGGAGGCGACCAGCGGCCCCAUGGAGGUCCUGCGAAAGGGCUCCCUGCGCCUCCGGCAGCUGCUGAGCCCCAAGGGUGAGCGCCGCGCCGAGGGUGAGGGCGGCUUCUCAGCACCGCAGGAGAACGGGCAGCCUGAGAGCCCCCGGCGGCCCUCGCUGGGCCGGGGUGACAGCACGGAGGCUGCCACAGGAGAGGAGCGGGGCCCGCGAGCCCGCGUGGCCUCGGCCACAGCCAAUGCCUUGUACAGCAGCAACCUGCGGGACGACACGAAAGCCAUUCUGGAGCAGAUCAGCGCGCACGGCCAGAAGCACCGUGGAGUCCCCGCCCCCGGCCAAGCCCCCGCCCUCAGCGGCCCUGAGCCAGGCCGCCCACCAGCUGCCGCGGGCCUGGCCCCUGACAUGUCCGACAAGGACAAAUGUUCAGCCAUCUUUCGCUCGGACAGCCUGGGGACACAGGGCCGGCUGAGCCGCACACUGCCAGCCAGCGCAGAGGAGCGCGACCGGCUGCUUCGCCGCAUGGAGAGCAUGCGCAAGGAGAAGCGCGUCUACAGCCGCUUCGAGGUCUUUUGCAAAAAGGAGGAGGCCGGCGGCCUCGGGACAGGGGAGGGCCCGGCAGAGGAGGACACCAGGGACAGCAAGGUGGGCAAGUUUAUGCCCAAGAUCCUGGGUACGUUCAAAAGCAAGAAGUGAGUCUCCUCGCCCACCAGCCCAGGUCGGGGUGCCUGCGUCACUGCCACCCCUCUCGCAGAGCACCUGGUCCUCAUGCCACAGCAGUUAGGGACCCGGCUGCGCACAGCCAGAGCUCGGCUCUACCUGGGCUCACCCAGCGGAUGCCCUGCGGAUGCUCCUCAGCCACUCUGCCCUGGGGGCUCCAGCCACUCAGCCUCCCUGUCUGUGCCUUACUCCCCUGACUCCGUCUCUUCUCAACACCUCCAUCUCUGGGCCGGCUGCCUCUCUCUUCUUACUCCUCUGCCUCCACCAUCUCUUUGGGCUUCAGGUCCCCUUUGGGCCUUCAUUCACCUCAGGGCCCAUCUCCUUGUGCCUGAGCCCCCCAUCUUUUGGGGGCCCUAUCUUUGUGCCUCAGUCCCCCACCUUUCGGAGGCCCAUCUCCUUGUGCUUGAGUCCCCCAACUUUCAGGAGGACCCCAUCUCCUUGCGCCUCAGUCCCACAUUCUCUCGGGGCCUCGUGUCUCAGGGCUUCUGCAUCUCAGGGUUCCCCUUGGCCUCCUGGCUGUGCUGUUCCUUCGCCCUGCUGCCUCUUUGCUGUCUCUUGGCAGCCCUGGCCUCUCUGGGUCUCCCACCUCCUCAGGGCCCAUGCUCUCCACCUUUGUCUCAGGUCGCUGGAGGCUCACUUCCUACCCUGCUUGGGCUCCUCCUCGCUGACUCCCUCCUGCCUGCUGGCACCUUUCUCGGUGGCCAUCCUUUUGCUGUGGGGAGGCAGGGCUGUUUGCAAGCAGCUUGUGAGGGAGGGGUGGAGCCACACCCAAAGGAUGCCCCUCUUGGGAAGCACAAUAGGGUGGGCCAUUGGUGGGGAGGGAGAGGGUUCAGAGAAGACCUGUGAGGGGCUGCCCUUCCAGGAGAACUGAAGCAGGCCUGGCCGCUCCUCCAGCAAGGCUGCAGCCAGCACCUGGCGGGGAGUGAGAGCCCCAGGGUUUGUAGCACAAUAAAACCGGGUCUGGAUGGUUGAUGUUUGGCCCCAGGCUUACGAAGGGUCCCCACACGCCAGACACACACAUAUUCACCCCAACAGACAUGUUCACAGCCACUGUCCCCAGCCACGCCCCAGAAGGGGCUGAUGUGGAGCGCUUGUACUUGAACAGAUGAGGACCCAGGACACGGUGCCAUGGCGCCUGAGCCCUAGCCCACUGCUCAGGGGCCCUGGCACCCCACAAGGUGGGAGUGGUCCUGCUCUGCAGGUGCCCAGCAGACCCAACUCCACUGUGUUCGGGGUCCUUCCCUUUGUCACCAACCCGCAAAAUCUGCCCAAGGUCCUCGCUUACCCUUUUUGUAUGUUUUUCACCUCGAGAGUAACUUUGAUUUGAAAUGACAUAUUUUGUCACCAAAUGCUUAGAAAGUCCCCCAAUGUAGGUGCUAUCAUUGUGAAA